AUGUCGGAAAAGACGGGCGCAGGCCGCGACGACGUCGUUGCGUCGACGACGGGCUCGUUUGGGCUCGUCGACGGCAAGGGCAGCAGCGCCGCGAGCGCCAGCCACGACGACGACGUUGCGAGCCGCGGCGAGGCAGGCACCCACGGCAGUCAUGGACGGCACACCGAGGACAGCAACGAGGCGCGGCUGCGCGUGAUCCGGCGCAAGAUCGACUGGGCCAUCAUGCCGCUCAUGUUCCUGUGCUACUUCCUGCAGUUCCUCGACAAGGUGCUCAUCAACUACGCCAAUAUCAUGGGCAUCUCCAAGAGCCUGCACUUCGAGGGCGACGACUUCUCGUGGAUGGCGACGGCCUUCUUCAUCGGGUACGCGGUGGCGGAGCUGCCGCAGGGGUUCCUGAUCCAGCGGUUCCCCGUGGCCAAGGUGCUGGGCGUCAACGUGGUGCUCUGGGGCGUCACCAUCUGCUGCACGGCCGCGACGCAGAGCUUCCCCAGCGCGGCGGCCGUGCGCACCCUGCUGGGCAUGUUCGAGGCCGUCAUCACGCCCGCGCUCAUCAUGAUCACGUCGCAGUGGUACACGCGCCGCCAGGCGACGCCCCGCACGGGCAUCUGGUACUGCGGCCUGGGCGCGGGACAGGUCAUCGGCGGGCUCGUCUCGUGGGCGGCGCAGACGGGCAGCGCGCGGCGCCCCCCGGGUUCGUUCGAGGGCUGGCGCAUCAUGUUCCUCGCCGUGGGCGCCUUCAACCUGCUCGUCGGGCUGGCGGUGCUGCUGCUCAUGCCGUCGGGCCUGCGCGCGGCCAAGUUCCUCAGCGACGAGGACAAGGCGCUGCACGAGGAGGCGCUGGCGCGGGACCAGGGCGGCAACGGCGAAAAGGUGUUUCGCGCGUCGGGCAUCGUCGAGGCGCUGCGCGACGUGCAGGUGUGGCUGCUGUGCCUCAACACCAUCCUCAUCGUCAUCCCCUCGGGCAUCAUCACCACCUUUUCCGCCACGCUCAUCCGCAGCUUCGGCUACGCGCCCGACGUCGCCGCCCUGCUCAACAUGCCGUCCGGCGCCGUGUCCAUCUUCGCCACGCUGCUCGGCACCUUUGCCAUCCUCUACGACUUCCCUCGCUGGCUCGCCAUCUGCCUGCUGCUUGUGCCGACCAUGAUCGGCGCGGGGCUCAUGUCCUUUUACGCGCAGUCGCAGGCGGGCGCCCUCGCGGGCAUCUACCUCAUCAACUUUGACGUCGCGCCGCUGGCCCUCAUCUACGCGCUCGUCGGCGCCAACACGCAGGGGUACACCAAGAAGGUGGCCGCCAACGCCGCCGUCGCCGUGUCCUUUUCCAUCGCCAACAUCAUCGGCCCGCAGACCUUCCGCCAGGCCAACGCCCCCGGCUACCUGCCGGCCAAGAUCACCGUCUUUGGCGUCUGCGGCGGCUCCAUCGUCGUGACGGUCCUGCUGCGCCUGCUGUACGGCUGGCGCAACAAGCGGACGGCCGAGGCGCGCGCGAGGGAGCUCGAGGCCAUUGACCGCGGGGAGCUGGACGCGCGCGUGGCCGAGGCGGACCAGACGGACAGGACGAACCCGGCCUUUCACUACGUGUACUGA